AUGUCUGUCACCCUUCACACCAAUUUGGGCGACCUCAAGAUUGAGGUCUUCUGCGAGAGCGUCCCCAAAGCCGCAGAGAACUUCCUCGCGCUCUGCGCGUCGGGCUACUACAACGAGUCGCCCUUCCACCGCCUCAUCCCGGGCUUCAUGGCGCAGACCGGCGGGCCGGCGCACCCCUCGCCGCCCGAGAACCCCAAGGGCGGCCGCUCCAUCUGGGGCGAGCCGUUCGAGGACGAGAUCCGGCCGGCGCUGCAGCACGCCUCGCGGGGGAUGGUCUCGAUGGCCAACAAGGGGCCCGGCACCAACGGCAGCCAGUUCUUCGUCCUGUUCGACAAGGCGCCGCACCUCGACGGGCUCAACACCGUCUUCGGCAAGCUGCUCGGCGACGACAGCCUGCGCACGCUGGCCAAGCUCGAGGCCGUCGAGGUCGACAAGAAGAACCGCCCCAGGGAGCCGGUCAGGAUAGAGAGCGUCACCGUCCAUGCCAACCCCCUCGCGGGUUGA